AUGUGGGCGAGUUCCUCGAGUAUGGUUCGACCUACUCCGUGGCAAAGAUUCCACCGUUUGGCUCGCGGUGUAACUUGUCCUAGCCUAUUGUGCGUAUCAGCUGGCUUCCGGCUGUUAUUCAAAGAGAGUGUCGUUGCGAGAUAUACUACGACGCGGAUUGGUGUGACUAUAUUGACGGAUUCGAGGACAUUGUUGAUUGAAUCAACGGCGGCGUGUUCACCUUGUAAAGUGACCUUUCGGCUGGAUGAGUUUGUCUCAAAGCCACGAUGCUGGAAGAUAUGGUUAUCCUGCUUAGAGGGCUUUGUAAUCUGCAAGCCCAAUCAAGGCAUCUGUAGUAUUCUGCAGUGA